AGAGUUUCUAAAACAAACAACCUCUAGCUGCUGAAAUGUGAUAAGGAUCAUCUAUUAAUUCCUCAGGCCAUCUUAUCAUCAGACCUAACAUGGUGUCAGUCAAGAACAUUUUGGCGGUAUUUUCUGUUGUGAUCAUCUUAAUCUGUCUUUUCACGAAAUCAAGUGGUAGCCCGAUAGUCUCUCCAUUUUACAAGCCAAAGAACGGGCAUGGGUUUGAAAAAGAGAAUUAUAUCAAAGAUCACUACUAUGCUGAAUAUGAACAAGGCAAGAAAGACCAGAUAGCGAGCCUGAGAAAACUCGAUAAACACAAAGUCAAAUUAACAAGAGAAGCUUUGUUAAAAGCUACUUCUGCGCAGACAAGUGCCUUGGUAGCUGCUGCACAGGCAGCCCGUUCGUCUUUACAAAUCGCUAAGUUGGCAAGAAAAGCACAAGAAAUUUCAGUUCGAAGAGCGAGUUGGGUUCUCAAGACAGUGCGCACAGCUGCAAAAGCUGAAGAAGUAGCCGUUAACGCCAUAGAAUCACUCUUUAUGUAGUAUUAUUUGAAGUUUGAUGCAGAGCAUUAUGAACGGUACUGGCUGGUAUCCAAGUAGAGUUUGCUCGAGAAACUCAGAUCAUUUCCAGUAUUAUUCAUAUUGGGCCACGCCAUGUGAGAUUGCAAUCCCGGUAUUGGUUGAUCAUUUUUUAAUCUAAAAACAUAUUUAUUAAGAAAAAAUAUAUUUUUGAAUGACAUAUUUUAAUAAAA